UUCACCAGAAACACGUCCUAGAAAAUGUUAAAAUUACACAGCUUAAAAUAUUGUCUUGGGAAGAGCCACUUCAGGCUUUUACAGCCUCUGACAUAUUCUGUAGACAGUGCAUUCAAAAGUUACAGUUCUGCAUCAGACAGAGACUUUCUACACAAAAGCAUUUUGCCCACAGACCACUUUCAGGCCAGUCUUCCAAGACUUCCGAUCCCCCAAUUAGAGGAUACCUUACACAAAUAUCUUGAGAGUCAACGACAAAUACUGACUGAUGAUGAAUAUGAUCAAACAGCAGACAUUGUGAACAAUUUCAAAGCCAAUGAAGGUCCAGACCUACAGAAGAGAUUAGUAGCUAAAGAUAAACAAAAUAAACACACAAGUUACAUCACAAAGCCAUGGUUUGACAUGUACUUAAAGUCCAGAUUGCCUAUUGUAUUGAAUUACAAUCCUUUCGUUUCCUUCCAAGAUGAUCCACGACCAGAUUACCAGAACCAGCUCAUUCGCUCAACAAAUAUGAUUGUGUCAUCACUUAAAUUCAUGAAGACAAUGAGGGCUAAUAUCCUAGAGCCUGAUAUCUAUCAUCUGUUUCCAGCAAAGUCGGACAACAUGAGGUUCAGGAAAAUCAUGAGGAUGAUUCCAUCUCCUUUUGCCUUCUAUGGAGCAUACCUUUAUAAAGCUUUUCCUUUAGACAUGAGCCAGUAUAAAAAUUUGUUCAAUUCAACUAGAGUUCCAAGACCUGGAAAAGAUGAAUUGGUUGUGAACAAAGAUGGAAGACAUUUGCUGGUAAUGAGAAAUGGAAAUUUCUAUGUGUUUGAUGUCCUUGAUAGUGACGGAAACAUAAUGGAGCCAGGAAUAAUAAUGUCAAAUAUUCACCAAAUCAUGAAGGAUCAAAGUCCACCAUCUGCAGAGCCUGUAGCUGCUUUCACUGCAGAGGACAGGGAUGUGUGGGCCUCAUACAGGGAGAAACUUAUUAGUCUGGGAAAUGAAGAGACACUGAAGUUGAUUGAUUCUGCUGUGUUUGCUCUUUGUCUGGAGGAUGGUAAACCAACAGACCCUAAUGCCAUCACCAGAAUGUUUCUUCAUGGAGAGGCAGGAAGAAUUUGGUUUGAUAAGAGUUUGUCCCUGAUUAUGACUGGUUCUGGUAACGCCUGUGUCAACUUUGAGCAUGCUUGGGGGGAUGGUGUGGCUGUGCUGCGAUACUUUAAUGAGGUUUUUGAUGACUCAACAAUGAAGUCUGUCGUACAUCCCUCCACCUCUGUACAGGACAGUGCAACAAGUGUCAGGAAACUUGAAUUUAAACUUGAUCAAGAGAUGAAAGAUAACCUUCAGAAGUCUGUGAAAAAGUUCAAUGCAACAAUGCAGAGUUUGGAUGUGGAUCACUUAGAGUAUUACAAAUACACCAAGUCCUAUGUGAAGAAAAGUGGAAUGAGUCCAGAUGCACUAAUGCAACUUGCCAUACAGAUGGCCUACUACAGACAAUAUAAACAAACCGUGGCCACAUAUGAGUCCUGUAGCACUGCAGCCUUUAAGCAUGGCAGAACUGAAACAAUCCGUCCAGCCACUGCCGAGACCAAGAGAGCAUGUGUUCUGUUUGUAGAUGAUAAUCAUCCUGAGCCAUCUGUAGAUGAACUCAAAAAUGCCAUGAUGGCUUGCUCUAAAAAGCAUGGCUCUCUUACCAGGAAUGCUGCUAUGGGUAAGGGUUUUGACAGACACUUGUUUGGGUUGAAGACGCUUGCUGAGGAGGAAGAUGGAAAACUUCCACAGAUGUUCACAGACCCAAACUAUCAGAAGAUUAACCACAUCAUUUUAUCUACAUCCACAGUGUCUAGUCCAGCAAUUCUAAUUGGGGGGUUUGCACCAGUGACCCAAAAUGGAUAUGGAGUUGGUUAUUCUAUAGAAGACAGUCGGAUAGGAUUUAAUGUGACCAGCUAUCCCCCUGCAACCAAUGCCCCAGACUUCAUAGAAUGUGUCACCAAGUCUUUGGAUGAUAUGUAUGAAGUUCUAGAGGGUCGACAUCCAAAAAGGUCCAAGUGAUGUAAUAAAUACUGAAAGUAAAAAGCCUGUCUAACAUAUGCAUCUUGAUUUUUUGAUGUAUCAUUAUGAUUGUAUAUGUGAUAUAACAUACUCUUUCUUUCUGUAAUUAUUUGAAUCCUGUCAUUCCAUAAUUUUUAAAAGAAUGAUGUGUUAACUAUUUAGUAUCCUAGAUGAACAAAAAACUUCAAACAAUCGGAAAUCUUAUAAAGUGUGUACUGCAUUAAUAUUAUGAACCUGACUUUGUUAUUAUGUAUUACAUUAUAUUAAGACAUCUUUUGCAUUUUUCCAAGUUCCUUAUAGCUUUUUUUCCAGCUUUUUUCCGGCUAUAAUUCUUGAAAGAUAUUUAAGAGGAUAAGACAUGCACCAAUCCAUUAUCUUAUUAUAUCUCAGGAAAUCUGUCUUUUUUCAAGUGCUUUUCAUAUUACGUUACAGUAAAUAUAUAAUUUUAUAGCAUCAAAAACAUUUGUGUUAAAAUAGUGUGCUAUAUAUGAAAGUGUCUUAAACUCUUAAUGUUGUAAAAAUCACUAAGAUUCUGUAAUGUUUCUGACAGAGUUAUAACUUAUAAGAUCUGUCUAAAUGGUGUGGCACAUUAAAAUAUCGAUGUUUUCGGGUGUUUUUUAAAGUUAAAAAGCUCUUAUGAUAAUUGAUGGUAAAUACAUGUAUGAUUUGCAGAUAUGUUUUACUCGAAAGUUUACAUAUCAGCUUUGGAUCAGAACAUAGCCAUACUUCUGACCUAAUGCAAUAAUGUAUGUAUAAUAAGAAUUACGAUCGAUGUGCACUUAGUUAAUAUGAAAGCAUAUUAUUUUUGUACUGUGAUAUUGUAGCAUUCAGACUUGUAGUAUUAGUUUGAUAAAUUUUAUUUUCAAUUAGUUUAAUGUAUCUCACUGUUGAAAAAUAUGUUAGGCUACAAUUCUAUUGCAGUUUUAGAGGUGUAGCCAAAUAUUCCUAAAUCUUUUUGCACAAGACUGGCUUUGUCAUGUAGAUGUAUUGUACGUUGUUUUUUUUUUUUU